AUGAGCGCAUCCAGAGCAGGACGAAGCGCCCUGAAAGCGGCCAAAGGCCCAACUGCCGCUCCAUCGCGAACCGCCAAAAAGCCAAACCCUGGCGCAGCAUCAUCGCGACACACAAGUCCGCCGCUACCCAAGCGAGCAAAUCCACAUCUAUUGAAUCUCAAUGCCGCGCCAGGGACCCAGGCGACUCAUCGCGUGCCCCCAAGGGCAAUGACCAUACUUGGCGUCAGCGUACUCGCCAUGAGCACCUACUGCGGGUAUCUAUACACCUCGUACCGCCGCGAAGUCGCGCAGGCCCAGUCUAUGGCUGUCCCAGAGGACGUAUCAGACCGGUAUAACCAUACCGCGGGGACAUUCGACGCCGACGUCGAGAUGUCGGAGAAACUAAUGCGCUUGGGCGCGAAACGCCGCGAGCUUGUACAGCGGGCGAGAGGGGAUGUGCUGGAGGUUAGUUGCGGGACAGGCAGGAAUCUGGAGUACUACGAGCUGGGUGAGAAGAGGAUGGUCGAUGAGAAGGGUCGAGCCGGGGUGCGAGGGUGCCGGUCUGUUACGUUUGUGGACUUGAGCCCGGAGAUGGUUGCGAUGACGAGGACGAAGUUUGAGAAGUUGCAUCCUGGGUUUGCUGGGACGGGGAGGGUUGAGUUUCGGGCGCAGGACGCGAGGGAUGUCCCUCCUCCCCCUCGACCGCAUGCCCAGGGGCAAGGGGGCCAGGGUGGGUAUUAUGAUACUAUUGUGCAAACUAUGGGACUGUGCUCGAUGCCGGACCCUGCGGGGGCCUUGAAACAUUUGGGGACGAUCACAGAACCGCAGCAGGGCCGCAUAUUGCUGAUAGAGCAUGGUCGGUCCCAUUACGACUGGCUGAAUCGCGUGUUGGAUAACCUGGCUCCUGCGCAUGCGGACCGGCAUGGGUGCUGGUGGAACCGGGAUAUUGGACAGAUUGUUCAAGCCAGUGGGUUGGAGGUUGUUGAGGAGCAGCGAUGGCAUUUUGGAACAACGUGGAGAUAUGUUUUGCGGCCAAGGCGUCAGUAG